AUGGUGGAGAUGAAACCGUUUGUCGGGGCUCCUCUCCGUAACCCAGACAGAACACCCAACAAUUGGAUUAAGGAACUCGAACAGUGUGUGAAUGGAGAAUCCGAAGCUGUUCCAGUGAGUGCUUUCAGCAAAAAUCUCGGAUCGGAUGUCUCCAACAUUUUGGUGACAAACAUCAACAUUGUUGUGAAUCAUGAGAAAGGCGCCAACUGGGUGGCAGCCGUUGAAAAAUCGUACGGUUAUUUUGCACUGUGCCGUUUUCUUGGAAGCACCCAUCGAUUCUGGACCAACUACAUGUCGGACAAUGUUCAUUCAGUGGAGAAAAUAGGAAUAGUUUUGGAUAUUGCACCACCGGCAACAUUCCACCCAAAGUACAAUGAAGAUGCGGAUUUGUUCAUGGAGGAUAUCAAGCGCGAAAUCAGCAACAGACAAACACUGCCGGAAAGUUUUGAACUUCUGAAAGCUGGAAAAACAGUUUCGCGUUUUAAUUUUGGACAACGUGUCGAAUUGUUGAGAUGCAAUGGGCAAAUAAGAGUUGCUCACAUUCACGCGGUUUGUGGCCGUCGCCUCAACGUCAUCGUCAAUCAAUGCGAUUCCCCAGUUGAACUUGUACCAGACGAUGAUCCACAAGCUGAGAGUGAUAAUGCGGAAAACUGGGUUGACGAGGACAGCAUCUUCCUUCUGCCAGUUGGAUUCGCCACACUCAACGGAUAUACUUUGGUGGCCAACGGAGAUUAUAUUGAGUAUACCGAACAAAUUGCGGCUGCGAUAAGAGCUGGUUUCCAGCCAGAGUAUGAGCCGGGAGACGUGAGAUUUGACGACUUGAAGAAGCCAGAAAUAUCCCAGGAAUUGAUGAACAAAGUGAAAAUCGGUCAGAAAUGCGAACUUAUCGAUCCACUCAGUGACGACUUCGAAUGUCUUGUUGUUGCAACGGUGAUGGCAAAGUGUGAGAAUCCGGGAUAUGUUAUUCUGAGACUGGAUGAAGAUGAGUCAGCGUUUCCAAUUCAUCUAAUCAAUGUCUUCAUGUACCCAAUCGGUUAUUCUGAAAAUUAUCGUCUCCCACUUGAAGACCCACGGAAAGCCAAACAUUAUUCACUGGAUGGCAAAUUCGACGUAGAAGAUUAUAUGAGAGCAACAGGUGCCACAAGUGUCCCAAUCGACGAGAUCCGACCGAUGCCCCCUCAAGAGCGUAUGGACCUGUUCAAACCCAAGAUGCGUCUGGAAGCAACCAGUUUUUACGAUAAUCAAUACAUUUGUCCUGCAGAAAUAGUCUCCGUUCACGGAAGAGUCCUAAAAAUCAAGUAUAACGGACACGACGACGCUAAUGAUGAAUAUGUUGAUAUUGACUCUCACAAUCUUCUACCUGCCGGAUGGUGUGAAAUCCAUGGAUAUCAACUUCAAUACCCUCGAGAGAAUACAGAAGCAGAUACACCGGUAGAGCCAUUUAGAAGACUCCCAAAAAGAGACGCAGGAGAUGAAGACGAAAUGGAGCAACCAUAA